AUGGAGACAGAGGACCAUCAGAGGCAUUAUGAGAGAACGGGGCUUGGGAACGGCACCAUCAGAGGCAUUAGGAGAGGACCAUGGAGACAGAGGACCAUGGAGACAGAGGACCAUGAAGACAGAGGACCAUGGAGACAGAGGACCAUCAGAGGCAUUAGGAGAGAACGGGGCUUGGGAACGGCACCAUCAGAGGCAUUAGGAGAGGACCAUGGAGACAGAGGACCAUGGAGACAGAGGACCAUCAGAGGCAUUAUGAGAGAACGGGGCUUGGGAACGGCACCAUCAGAGGCAUUAGGAGAGGACCAUGGAGAGAGAGGACCAUGGAGACAGAGGACCAUGAAGACAGAGGACCAUGAAGACAGAGGACCAUGA